UAUAAAAUAUAUGUGUAAAUUAUGGAAAAAGUUGUAUUUGUGUAGCGCGUGUAGCCUUUUUAGCGUGCUUCAUAACGUUAAUUAAUCUGUUUAUUUGAUCCAAUCAUCAACGAAUACAACGAAUCGUCUUCUUAUAAUUAGUGAUUUCUCAGAUUAUUUAUUAAACCUUGAUCUACAAUAUGAACCCGAGCGAAAACAAGGAAGACAUCAAAUAUUGUUUCAAUUGCCGAAGAAAUAUCCCAAUCAGUAAUCAUGUUAUGCAUAUAGCAUACUGUCAUCGGAACCUGAAGCUUUGCAUUAAAUGUGAUGAACCAUUCUUAACUUCUGAAUUUGAAGAGCAUCAGAAAACCAUGCAUGCAGAUAUUUUUUGUGAUGCAUGUGCUGAAAAACUUGAAGCAUUAGAUUUAGAAUUACAUAAAUUACAUGACUGUCCAUAUCGUUUGGUAACCUGUAACUUUUGUGAAAUUGAUCUUAAAGCUUCAAUGUUACCUGCACAUAUAGAUAUGUGCAGUAGUCGCACAGAACGGUGUAAUGAUUGUGGACAAUUUAUCAUGCUCAAAUUCAUUGAUGUUCAUAAAGAAAGCCAUAAACUUAAAAAAAUUCCUAUUGUUGCAAAACCAAUAUUAGACAACAGUCCUGAAAGUUUAGCAGCUUAUCCUCCAUUAAUAAAAAAAGUGUCAAAAAUAGCACUUGAUGAAACUGCAAGAGCCACUACAAGGGCUACUAGUAUGCCUUCAUUAAGACUAAGUGGACCAAUUAUGACCAACCACAGGGUAUCAUCACCAGCCAAACAUAACAAUGAUCAACCACAAAUUAAUACACUAAACAACAAUGACAACACCCACAAAGAUCCAAAACAGAAUAUGUCUAUAGUAGACAUUACAAAUGAUGAUGAUGAGUUUUCUAUACUUGGUGCUCAUUCUAUUCAUAAUAAUCAGUCACCGAAUAUCAAUAAUGUUUCAACAAAUGAGUACAAUCAUUAUUCUGAUGAGUUGAGAGGUGUGCAACUGCCUUGCGAAUUCUGUCAAAAAAUGAUUGACUCUGAAAAUCUAGUUUUGCAUGAAACUGGAUGUCGUCCUGAUUUAGUUACAUUUCAUAAUGUGUUACGUACGAAAAAUAAAUGUACCAAUAACCAAAAUGAUAAUUUUCCUGUACCACCUUUGGAUCUUGACAGUAGUAGCAGUGAUAGUGAAAUUAACUUGAAUACAUUGAGUUUAAGCUCAGAUGAUGAUGACAAUAGUGAUAAAACAAAUGUAGAAAAAUUACCUUGUGAAUUUUGUGAAGAAUUGAUAUCUAUUAAAAAACUAAUAAAUCAUCAAAUAAGGUGUGAAAAAAUACAUUCAGAUUUGUCUAUAGUAAACAAUUUGGAUGAAGAAGUAUUUUUGCCUCCAUCAGAUAGUUUACCUUCUAAUUUCCCAAAUUCAGCUAUUAUUGAAUCUAACCGUAAUCUAUUCAAACAAACAUCAGCUAAUCAAUAUGAUAGAACAUUAAUGUACCCAGAUGCUUAUGCUCAAUCACCUGCAUCUUCAACAUAUGAGUCAUGUACAGCACCAAUGCUACCAAGAGUCAAGUUAAAUAAGCAAAUUUCUAAUAAACAGCUAUGGACUGAUAAUUGUUAUGUUAACAGUUCUGCUAGGAACAACUACGAACAAUUUUUAUCUAAUUCUAGAUUAAAUCGUCCAGAAUUGACCUUGGAAAGAAAUAAUUCUCAUUUAUUUUUAAAUCCAUCUGGUGGUGCUAUACCUAAACAAAAUAAUUCAAAAGCUAACUGUAAUAAGAGAGUAAUAAACAACUUAUCAAAACGUAGAGAUUCUAAUUCAUCAAGCGACUGAGUAAUAUUUCUGUUCUUACUGUUAACUAUACUUAAUUAUAAGAAGACUAUUCGGUUAAAUCUAAAUAAUUUAAGUUUUUUAUGAUGUUUUUCUUUAUUAAUUUUUUAUAUUAAGUGUUAAGUGCUGUAAUUAAUUAGUUUUGCAUUAUAGAUUGCAAACUAUUAUAUUCUGAUAUCCUAUAAAAUAAAUUUGUUUUACUAUGUUGUAU